GACUUGUUGGCUGCUCGUGCUGUUUUUCUGGCUUGCGGAUCAGCUUCGUCGUCAGUUUCGGUAAUACUUAGACGACGGGAACAUCGAGAACGAACGUUGCUUGAAAAGGUUUUAAGCUGCUUCACUGAUGCAUAAGUCGCAUUUUAUAACACAUACAAACACGGAGAUUAUCCAGCCAAACGGAGGAAUUUUAUAAUUCGACCUCCGACAAGGAAAAGAAAGGAAAUAAGGGAUUUUGUCGCUGCCUCUGUUCUUCCGGUCCAGCCCUUUGUUUUUCCACCGCUGCGCUCGAACAGGCGACUAGUAGCGCCCCCGUGCGAGCCAACAGAAAAGAGCUCGAAUAUAGGGAGCCAAACGAGCGGCCGAUCUUCUUGCCUCCACAGCGACGUGGGUCCCCUCAGCUCAGUUGUCCGAUGCGGAGUGAGGAUGAGUCCCGCUCUGGAAGCCCUCAUGCAGGCGGACGGGACUCCUUAUCCCGGAAAAGGGGUGAUGCUUGAGCCCUUCGUGCACCAGGUGGGAGGCCACUCCUGUGUGCUACGAUUUGGGGAACAAACAAUCUGCAAGCCCCUCAUCCCCCGGGAGCACCAGUUCUACAAGAGCCUCCCACCAGAGAUGAGGAAGUUCACCCCUCAGUAUAAAGGUGUCGUGUCAGUGAGUUUUGAAGAGGAUGAGGAAGGGAACCUGUGCCUCAUCGCCUACCCCCUCCACAGCGACUCGGGGGACUUGGAAAACAAAGACCCCUCAGCAGACUGCGAGCCUAAGAGCAAGAUGCUAAAGUGGAGCAACAAGAAGCAGACCCCAUUGCUCCUGGAAAAUGACAACUACAGCAAAGAGAGAGCUCGACACAGCCGUAAAGAAGACAAGAUCAUGAGUUACAAUCGUGACGAGAUGCCGCAGCAGCAGCAAGCGGAGGUUCUCUACUUCAGCCUGGAGAAGGGCAACGUGGUGCCACAGAUCAAACACAACCCCUGGAGUCUCAAAUGUCACCAGCAGCACCUGCAAAGGAUGAAGGAGAAUGCAAAGCACCGUAACCAAUACAAAUUUAUCCUUUUGGAAAACCUGACGUGGCGCUACACAGUGCCAUGUGUGUUAGACUUAAAGAUGGGGACUCGCCAACAUGGAGAUGACGCGUCAGAGGAGAAGAAAGCCAAUCAGAUUCGCAAGUGUCAACAGAGCACAUCAGCCUCUAUUGGAGUGCGACUUUGUGGCAUGCAGGUGUACCAGUCAGACUCGGGCCAGCUGAUGUUCAUGAAUAAGUACCACGGCCGUAAGCUGACCCUUGCAGGCUUCAAGGAGGCUCUCUACCAAUUCUUCCACGACGGACGUCGCCUGCGUCGAGAGCUGCUGUCUCCAGUAUUGCGUCGACUCCGGGAAAUGCAAGCUGCCCUGGAGUCCUGUGAAUCGUACCGCUUUUACUCCAGCUCCCUACUCAUCAUCUACGACGGAGACCCUCCCAGGACUCCUAGUAGACACAGACACCGCGGUGGCGAAGACGGUGAUGAGGAUGAGCCAUCCGAUGAAGAGGAGGAGGAAGAUGACGAGGAGGAAGAGGAAGGGGCCUUCAGUUUCCCUCGUUCCUCCUCAGCCGGUAGCAGUGCUACUGGGGCGGGAGGGAGCAGCAACAGUGGCAGCGGUCGCUCCUCUCACAGCACAGGAGACGCCAGCAGCCCCAUGGUGGAUGUGCGCAUGAUUGAUUUUGCUCACACCACCUGUCGGCACUAUGGAGAAGACAGUGUGGUGCAUGAAGGCCAGGACAGUGGUUUCAUCUUUGGCCUCCAGAACCUGAUCACCAUCAUCUCCCAGCUGGAGGAUCACAGUACUGACUGAGGCUGCACUCGAGGCAACGCGGUCUAAAUUUCAACCACGGGAAGAGCUCACUGAGCUGAAACCCUGCUACUCUAUGGUGCAUCGUCCUCACGGCUACGCGGGGGUCUGACCCUUCUGUGCUUGGAGGGAACCUCAGACACCUCGGGGUCAGGAGAAGUACAUGCGGUCGUUCCUGCGCUCUCCCUUACCUGCCAGAGGACAGGGCUGCCUGAGCCCUUACGUGCACUUUUCUCUUUCUGAGACUGCUCCUUUUCUUUGUUAUAAGUGGUAGGAGAUAUGUUGUUUGAGGAGGUGGCCACUCAACAAACACAGGAACUUGUGUAGCAACUGGGGACCCUCCUCUCCUCUGGUACAGACAAGUUUUAAUACUGUUAAGUUCUCUCUGAGAGAGAAAGAGAGAGGCAAGGAUAACUGAAGCUUAAGUGUAGUUGUAGGAGCCUGAUGUGGUGCUUUACCUGUGAUAUAAAAUAAGUUUUGUUUCUUUGGGAUGAAGUUUGAGCUGUCAGUCCCCAACAGCACAGCACAUUAUUAGUGGGGAAGUUAAGUGUACAAGCUGACCUUGGCUGGCUAGGUCCACAGCCUUGUAGCAAAUGGCAACUUAAGCUCCUGAAGAGGACAUUUUGUUUUUCUGUUGGUGUGUCUUCAGACACUUGUUAAUGGACAUGGUUUGUGAGUCCACCAAGCACUUGGAUUUACACUUUUUUUGGUGGAAGAACAAGUUUAUUUAGGUCUAGAAGAAGGGAUUUGCCUUUUUUCAACAGUUGUUCUGUACCUUUUUGCCUAUAAAGGAAAGACUUUUUGCCAAGAGGACAUUAUCCUUGUUUAGUCACCAUCUUUAUUUUUGUCUGAUUUUCUCCUCUUCAUUCCUGAAACUUUGACUAAACAAAGAGAAUAUAUUGAUUAAAAACACUAGCUACAAAGACUAUAUAGAGACUAUUUAUUUGAAAGAAUUGUUUAAAACUUAAAAAAAUGGAAACAGCUACAUUCCAUAUUACCACUCUAAAUGUUCUGUUCUGAUAUUGACUUUGAUUUAUUUUAUUAUUGCAAGAGCCGAUACCUCUCUUGUAAACCUGUGUGUUAACAGUGUCUUGGAAAAUAAAGGCAUUCAUUUGUGGUAAAA